AUGGGCCACAUCUCGCUCUGUGUGCUGGGCUUUUUCUCAGAUAAACCCAGAGCCACACUGACAGCAGACAGAACAAUCAUACCACUAGGGGGCAGCGUAACACUGACCUGCUCAGUGGACGGAUCUGAUGACUGGAAGUUUGACUGGUUCAGAAAUCGGAAACAAUAUUCUGUAGAUCUGAUCAGAGGAAACACUGAACCAUUCAGAGUCUCAGAGGGAGGAGUUUACAGCUGUAGAGGAGGAAGAGGAGGAAGAGGAGAUCCAGUUUUUCAAACAGAAACAAGCAAUGAAGUCUCUAUUCAGAAAACUGUUUCCAAGCCGACUGUGACCCAGCAACCCAACUGGCCUGUUUAUAGAGGAGAGACGGUCACUCUGAGAUGUGAGAUCCAAGGAGGAGGAGGAACUCAGUGGACGUAUGAAUGGAGACCAACCAAUAGAAACUCUCCAACAUCGAGUGAAUACAGGAUCAACAGAGUGUCUGAGUCUGACAAUGGAGAAUACAGUUGCAAGGCUAAAAGAGGUCAUCAGCUCACAGAUUGGAGUGACGCCUUCAGACUGACUGUGAGAUCAGAUAAACCCAGAGCCACACUGACAGCAGACAGAACAAUCAUACCACUAGGGGGCAGCGUAACACUGACCUGCUCAGUGGACAAAUCUGUUGACUGGAAGUUUGACUGGUUCAGAAAUGGACAACAAUAUUCUGCAGAUCUGAUCAGAGGAAACACUGAACCACACAGAGUUAUCAGCGUCUCAGAGGGAGGAGUUUACAGCUGCAGAGGAGGAAGAGGAGAUCCAGUUUUUCAAACAGAAACAAGCAAUGAAGUCUCUAUUCAGAAAACUGUGUCCAAGCCGACUGUGACCCUGCAUCCCAACUGGCCUGUUUAUAGAGGAGAGACGGUCACUCUGAGAUGUGAGAUCCAGAGAGGAGAAGGAACUCAGUGGACGUAUGAAUGGAGAACGACGAAUAGAAACUCUGCAACAUCCAGCGAAUACAGGAUCAACAGAGUUUCUGAGUCUGACAGAGGAGAAUACAGAUGUAAGGCUAAAAGAGGUCGUCAGCUCACAGAAUGGAGUGACACCUUCAGACUGACUCUGAGAUCAGAUAAACCCAGAGCCACACUGACAGCAGACAGAACAGUCAUACCACUAGGGGGCAGCAUAACACUGACCUGCUCAGUGGACGGAUCUGAUGACUGGAAGUUUGACUGGUUCAGAAAUGGGAGACAAUAUUCUGUAGGUCGGAUCAGAGGAAACACUGAACCAUACAGAGUCAUCAGUGUCUCAGAGGGAGGAGUUUAUAGCUGUAGAGGAGGAAGAGAAAGAGGAGGAGGAGGAGGAGAUCCAGUUUUUCAAACAGAAACAAGCAACGAAGUCCCUAUUCAGAAAACUGUGUCCAAGCCGACUGUGACCCUGCAGCCCACCUGGCCUGUUAUUUAUAGAGGAGAGACGGUCACUCUGAGAUGUGAAAUCCAGGAUGAUGGAGGAACUCAGUGGACGUAUGAAUGGAGACCAACCAAUAGAAACUCUCCAACAUCGAGUGAAUACAGGAUCAACAGAGUGUCUGAGUAUGACAAUGGAGAAUACAGAUGUAAGGCUAAAAGAGGUCGUCAGCUCACAGAUUGGAGUGACGCCUUCAGACUGACUGUGAGAUCUGAUAAACCCAGAGCCACAGUGACAGCACACAGAACAACCAUACCAGCAGGGGGCAGUGUUACACUGAGCUGCUCUGUAGAAGGAUCUGGUGACUGGAAGUUUGACUGGUUCAGAAACGGACAACAAUAUCCUGUGGAUCAGAUCAGAGUCAUCAGCGUCUCAGAGGGAGGAGAGUACAGCUGCAGAGGGCAAAGAGGAAAUCCAGUUUUUCAAACAGAAAAGAGCAGAGAAGUCUCUAUUCAGAAAACUGUGUCUCGGCCGACUGUGACCCUGCAGCCCAACUGGCCUGUUGUAUUCAGAGGAGAGACGGUCACUCUGAGAUGUGAGAUCCAGGGAGGAGGAGGAACUCAGUGGAAAUAUGAAUGGUUUCCAGCCAAUAGAAACUCUCCAUCAUCCAGUGAAUACAGGAUCAGCAGCGUCUCUGACUCUGAUGGAAGAAACUACUGUUGUAAGGCUCACAGUGACCAUCAGAUAACAAACUGGAGCUCUGCCUUCAGACUGACCGUGGAUGGAAAUAGACCCACACCCUCACUAACAGCGAAGAAUUAUAACAUACCAGCAGGGGGCAGUGUAGCUCUGAGCUGCUCUGUUCGUGGAUCUGCUGGCUGGAGGUUUGACUGGUUCAGACAGGAAUCAGUGCAUCAUUCAGCUCAGUCCAUCAGAAACAAUGAAUCAAGUGGAACCAUCAGUGUCUCAAAUGAAGGCGUUUACAGCUGCAGAGGAGGAAGAGGAGAUCCAGUUUUCUACACUGAAACCAGCAGUGAAGUCACCAUUCAGAAAACUGUUCCCAUCACACCCACUGUGAUCCAACAACCCAACUGGUCUCAGAUCUACAGAGGAGAGAAAGUCACUCUGAGAUGUGAGAUCCAGGGAGGAACUCAGUGGACGUAUGAAUGGAGAACAACCAAUAGAAACUCUCCAUCAUCCAGUGAAUACAGGAUCACUGCUGACAGCAGUGGAGAUUAUGGCUGCAGAGGAAGACGAGACAGAUUUACCUUAACAGAGUGGAGAGUCAUCAGGUUAAAUGUGUCCUCGUCUCCCCCUCAGCCUGUCCUCUCUGUGUCUCCAUCAUGGCUGAAUCCUGGAGCCUCAGUGACUCUGAGCUGUGAGGGUUUGGAGCAUCAACCAGCAGGAUGGAGGUUCUACUGGUAUAAAGCUGUUCCUAAACCAAUCAGCAGUUCCUACACCUUUGACCUGCUGCCUGGCAGCACCAAUGGGACUGAGCAGAACUCCUUCAUCAUUCAGGGACAGAACCACACAGCAGGAUUUGUGUGCAGAGCAGGAAGAGGAGAACCAGAGUUUUACACUUAUUAUAGUGAACCAAAGUUUAUCUGGUCUGCAGACUCUCAUCCAGCAGCUUCUCUCUCAGUGAGUCCUGACAGAGUUCAGCAUGUAAUUGAUCAGCCUGUCACACUGAAAUGCAGCGGGAACGACACCAAGUGGAGAGUGAGGAGGUUUACAGAAACAACCAGUCCAUCACACGUUCAGUGCUCCAACUGGGGAACGAUGCAUGGAUCCUCAUGUACCAUUAACAGACUGUGGUACCACAGUGGAGUUUACUGGUGUGAGUCUGAAUCAGGAGAAUUCAGCAAUGCAGUCAACAUCACUGUACAGGAUGAUUACGAUGGUAUUAUCCUGCUGAGUCCUGUUCAUCCUGUGACUGAGGGAGAUCCUGUUACUCUGAGCUGCAGAGAUAAAAAACAACAACUUCUCUCCAAUGUGUUUUUCUAUCACAAUGAUAAACUCAUCCAGAAUGACAGCAGAGAGGAGCUGAAUAUCUCUGCAGUGUCAAAGUCAGAUGAAGGUUUCUACAAAUGUCAACAUUCAGGAAAAGAUUCACCAAGAAGCUGGAUGUCUGUUAGAGUAACUGUGUCCAGUCCUGUCAGCCCCUCGUCUCCUUUACUGCUGAUCAUUGGACCCAUUAGUGGAAUCAUUCUGAUUAUUUUCCUUCUCUUGUUGUGGCGCUACAGGCAGCCCAAAGAUUUAUGCUCUUUCAGAUCAGAAAAAAACUAUCGGAGGUCGACCACCGACCACGGAGCGGAGAAUGAGAUCAGCUCUCCUUCUCAAGAUGCUGCUCUCUAUGAAUCAGUCAAGCCUUCUGAAGCCACUGCAGCUGAACCCAGAGAAAUAACGUACGCCAUCAUUAAGUUCAAAAAGCUGAGAAAAAAGAAGAAACCACGUAAGCCUGAGGAACGCGUUAUUUACGCUGAAGUGAAAACAAGAGCUGAAGAACUCGCUCCAACCUACGCUGAAAUCAAUAAGAACAAAGCCAAGCAAGACAGGAAAGAAGAACCUGCAGCAACAGAUGAAUCAGUUUAUUCUGAAAUCAAAUCAGUAUCAGCUCUGGACGAUGAAUCUGCCUUGUAGCACGCUGUGCUGGUCUCUCUCUCUAUAUAUAUAUAUAUAUAUAUAUGUAUGUUUAAUAUGCUUAGAAGUUCAUGUACACGCUUCAUGUUAGAUCAACAUUGUCUUUAAGUACAAGACUUAGCUUUCAAUGUCUUGAAUAUGUAUUUUGAAUAUAAUUAAUAUAUGUUAAAAUAUGUCUCUCACCCAAAAUGCUGCAUAAGUGUGAAAUAUAUGAUCAUUCAUUUCCUCUAUUACACAAUUAAUACAUAUCUAGCUGUAUUAAGUAAAAAUAAUACUGUAAGGGUAUCAGUAUUAAAAUCUAUGUCUUUUGGAAAUAAACAUAAUAGAAUUGUAUUAUACUGCAGUCUAAGCACUGUGUUAUUGUUUCCUAUUUCUACAAUGCUGAAGGCAAAAGAUGGGAAUAAUUGGCUGAAGUUAAUAGGUGAAAAAAUAAACGCCGUUACUUCUUAGAUUAAGCAUUAGAAACAGCUGAGCUGUCUUUAUUUUUAUUUUUUUACAAACAUGUUACAUUUAAUAAAUAUGUCACAUUUUAAUGU